AUGCAAUAAGAAAGUCGGAAAAUUUUUAUAAAUCGUAGAGAUCAAAAUAUAUUGUUUCCUUCAAAUGCAAUAAAGACUUCGAAAUAUAAUAUGCUGAACUUCUUUCCAAAGGCAAUUCUAUUGCAAUUUAUGAGAAUUGCAAAUAUUUACUUCUUAGUAACAGCAGUUUUGCAGAGCAUGCCUUUGCUUUCUCCGUUAGCCCCAUUUUCUGCAAUAAGUCCUCUUGUGUUUGUUUUGGCUGUGUCAUUAUUUCGUGAAAUGUUAGAAGAUUAUCGUAAACAUCGAAACGAUGACAUGAUUAAUGAGCAAGUAGCCCUUUUAUAUAACAAUUAUGUAUUUUAAAAAAUAUAGUGGAAAGAGAUCAGGGUUGGUGAUAUUGUAUAAGUUUUGGAGGAUUUCACAAUACCAGCUGAUUUAUGUAUCCUACGUACAAGUGAUGAGAAUGGCUAAUGUUUUUUGGAAACCUCAAAUCUUGAUGGUGAACGCAAUCUCAAAACUAAAUACGCAAUAGCAGAAAUCUAGGAGUAGAUGAUCCAUGGGAAGUUCAGCGAUCUUGCCGGAGAACUGCAAUGUGACAAGCCUAACAAUCGGAUUCACAAAUUUCAAGGAAUGCUUCAAGUAGAUCUAAAACAGUACCCAAUUAGUAACAACAACAUUUUAUUGAGAGGGACAACGAUCAAGAACACCAAAUGGGUCGUGGGUUUGGUAGUAUACACAGGACAUGAUUGUAAAAUAAUUAAGAGUUAGGGUAAGAUGAGGUAUAAGACAACUCACAUUGAGAGAGCUUUAAAUAUCAUAGUCGUUGUAAUAUUGAUACUGUAAGCAGGUGCUUGCAUAGCAUUGUCCUUCUUCACUGCUUACAACUACAAUCCCUUGAACUUCGAAGGCAAACCCUAGUUCAUUUACAUAUAUCCCGAUUAGGAUAAGAAUGGACCAGUUGUAACUGCAGUAAUCAGUUAUUUCUCUAAUUUCCUUCUUCUCAAUUCGAUGGUCCCCAUUUCUCUCAUCAUCUCUUUAGAAACCUUGAAAUAUUUGCAGACCACUUGGAUGGAAUUUGAUGACCAAAUGCAAAGUGAAAAUCAACCUUUUAGAGUACUCAAUACGAUGAUUCACGAGGAAUUAGGAAAGAUUGAGUAUGUCUUCACAGAUAAAACAGGGACUUUGACUUCAAACAAUAUGGAAUUUAGGUAAUGUUGCAUAAAGGGCAUAGCUUAUUCAAAUGGAGAUUUGCUAGAGAUUUUUAAAAGUGAUAACAUAAUGAACGAUUUGGAAUUGGAUAAAUAUAUAAAUUUCUUCCUCUGUAUAAUAAUUUGUCACAAUGUUAUUGUUGAUGAAAAACUGAAUGAGUUCUAAGGUAGUUCUCCUGAUGAAGUGGCUUUGGUCAAGGCAGCAUUCAAUCAUGGAUUUAAAUUCCUUAAAAGAACCAACAAUUCAAUCUUCAUUAAAGUGCGAGAGUAAUUAUUAGUAUAUGAGUAUAUUUGUGAAUUUGAAUUUACAUCUGAUAGAAAAAGAAUGAGUAUGGUUGUUAAGGAUAUGUAGACAGAGUAAUUGCUGUUGUUUUGCAAAGGAGCCGAUAACAUAAUCUGGAGGAGAUUAGACAUGAGAAAACAUUAGGAAUAGGAGUUACAAAUGAGUUAAGUCAGUCUUAAGAAAUAUUCCAAGGAAGGUCUCAGAACACUUUGUCUGACUUAUAAAUAACUUGAUGAAAUAUACUUUUAGGAUUGGUAAAAACAGUAUCGAGCUCUUUAAAAUGAGGUGGCACUUGAUCCAGAGGCAGCUAAUAAAUUGAAAGAGCAUGAAUCCAUUCUGGAACAUGAAUUGAUGCUUUUAGGAAUUACUGCAUUGGAAGACAAGCUCUAAGAGGAUGUCCCUGAAGUCAUUAAAUCUCUUCAUGAAGCAGGGAUUAAAGUCUGGAUGCUUACUGGGGAUAAAAUGGAAACUGCAGAAAAUAUAGGUCAUUUAUGUCAUUUGAUUGAUGAGAGUACUAAAUGUUUUAGAGUUAAUCAGGAGGAUUAGGAGAGCAUAUUAAUGAGAUUCAAAAAAAUAAGCAGGAGCAUAUAGACUUAUGAGAAAAUUACGAAGAAAACAAAUAGAGUGAAGAAAAAUUAAUUGUUAUAAUAACAAUUAUAAUGGUUAAGAGAAUAGUCGUCUAUUAAUUCACAGAUCAGAUCGGUUCACAAAAUGAAAAUUAAUUAAAUGUCUGUAAAAUCAGAGGGUAGUGAGAAUCAUAGUGCAAAAGAAAUUAAAAGGACUUUUGCUUUGAUAGUUGAAGGAGAUUCGAUUUAUUAUCUGUUGCAUUCUGAGAAAAUUUAAGAAGAAUUUUUAAAAAUUAUUCCAAAAUGCAGAACUGUAAUUUGUUGUAGAUCCACUCCUAAUUAGAAGGCAGAGAUUGUUGGUUUGGUUAAAAAGAACCUAAAAUCAAUUACUCUGGCUAUAGGAGAUGGUGGAAAUGAUGUUAGCAUGAUAUAGGAAUCUCAUAUAGGUGUAGGAAUUUUGGGAAAGGAAGGAAAUUAGGCAGCCAUGAAUAGCGAUUACUUCUUUUGUUAGUUCAAACAUUUAUGGAGAUUAUUAUUUAUACAUGGAAGAUGGAAUCUAUAUCGAACCAGUUAUUUUGUAAAUUACUUUUUUUUUAAAAAUAUUUUAUUCACUUUUCAACAAUUUUACUUUGCAUUUUUUAAUGCAUUUAGUAGUUAGUCUUUCUAUGAAGAUGGUUAUUUGCUCAACUUCAAUACAUUAAUCACAGCAGUUGCCCCAGUUUAUUAUGGAGUAUUUGAUCAAGAUUUAGAUGUUCAAGAUUCAUUUAUUAAAUCAUAGUUGCCAAGAGUAUACAGUGAAUUCAAGUAUCAUAAAUUGUUUGGGAGAAGAGCAUUUGCAAAAUGGUAUGUAAGUGGAUUGUUGUGCAGUGCUCUGGUCUUCUUUGUGACAAAACAGAUAUACUUGAUAUAGGUGAAUUCAGAAAGUGGGAGAGUUGAUGGAUUAUGGUAACUAAGCAUUUCCAGUUAUUGGUCAAGUGUUUUCAUAGUAUUCAUGGUCAUAAUUAGUGAUUCAAACUAAUUUACAUGGGUUACUUUCCUAGCUUAUGGUCCAUUAAGCAUAUUAGCAUUUUUCCCUGUUUUUACAUUGGCUUGGAAUGAAUUCUAGAGUGAGACAAAGCAUUAUGCAUUUGACUGGUUGGGAAAUGCUAAAUUCUUCAUUGUUAUAACUCUAAUAGUGGGGACUGUUUUCAUUUUUAAAAGAGUAGUGAACAUUUGGUAGUAGCUGGAGUACCCAACGGUGAUUGAUAAAGUGAGGAAGGAGAAGCAGGAGUUGGACGAAAUUGUGGAGCAGUCGUUGCCCCCUGGAUCGAGCAGAUAGGAGUUGAGUGAAUUAGAAUUUCCGAUUUCGAUUGAGAAUUAAGUUUAAGGUGUAUAUAAUCUCUCGCAUAACAUGGGAUAAUAAAGAGAUAUGUGA